AUGUGUAAGUGUGUGAGUCUACGUGUGCAUGAAAGAGUUCGGUGUCAAAAGGUGAGCCCUGUUCACAAAAUUAAUGUUGGAGAGCUUCAUCCUGUUCCUGUCCCAAAUGAAAUGAUGGCACAAAUUGGUGUCAAUAUCACCAAUUCGCCCAAAACAGAUGAUAGUUAUUGUUGCAUUGUUGUUGCAAUGGAUUACUUUUCCAAAUGGCUUGAGGUUCGACCUCUGAAAGAUCACACAGCGGAAACUGUGGUAAAGUGUCACUUUGAGGAUGUUAUUUGUCGGCAUGGCUGUAUAAAAAUUCUGAUAAAUGACCAAGGAAGAGAAUUUGUAAACAGAGUGUCUGCAGAACUACAUAAACUGACAGCAACACAGCAGCACAUAACAAGUGCUUAUCACCUUCAAGCGAGUGGCCUCGUGGAGCGACAGAAUCGCACUAUAAAAUAUGCUUUUAUCAAUUCCUUUGAGGAUCGUGGCAACUGGGUUGAAUGCUUACCAGCAGUUCUGUUUGCGUACCAAACAACCAAACAUUCUUCAACACAUUUUACCCCAUUGAACUACAGCACAACCCAUCUGCCAAAGAUAAGGACAGUUUUGGAAAUGGUCAAUCUAUAUCCAGAAAAUUGA